UUUUAUGCAGUGAUUAUUUAAAGCCAGUUCCAAAAAGAUGGCCAACUUUAAAGGACACGCUCUGCCUGGUACUUUCUUCCUGUUGUUUGGUUUGUGGUGGUCAGUGAAAUACCCUCUGCAACACAUCUGGAAUAAAAGACAACAUGGCAGGAGGCAAAGCCUGCGUGUGUAUUUCAACAGAAUGGACUUCAUUGAAGGGUUUUUAUAUACAACAUUCUUUGUUUCAGGCAUUAUGGCUGAACAGUUUGUGCCCGAUGGACCUCAUGCUCACCUGUACAAUGGGGAGUGGGUGAAGCUGAUGAACUGGCAACACAGCACCAUGUACCUCUUCUUUGGCAUUUCUGGCAUUGCAGAUGUUCUCACAAUGUCCCACCUUCCCGUCCCGGCUGGACUUGACCGUCUCUGCCUCUCUCUGGCUCUCUUUGUAGAAGGGUUCCUGUUCUAUUUCCAUUUACACAAUCGGCCAUCAUUGGACCAGCACAUUCACUCAUUGCUGCUGGUGGCUGUGUUUGGGGGUGCGGCCAGCACCAUGCUAGAGGCGUUCAUGCGAGACAUCUCUCUGCUCGAGGUGUUCAGAAGCAGCCUGGCCAUUCUGCAGGGCACCUGGUUCUAUCAGAUUGGUUUUGUAUUGUUUCCUUUGAAUGGAAAACAAUGGGACCAGGAGAACCAUGGCAACAUCAUGUUUAUCACCAUGUGCUAUUGUUGGCAUUAUGCAGUAGCUUUACUGAUUGUAGGAGUAAACUACAGUGUGGUGUGGUGGUUAAACAACAGAUAUAAACGAAGGCAGCUGACAGACUCUGAAAUCAGCCUCAGGAAAACCGCUCACUCAGACUCCGGCUAUCAGAAAGCUUUGCUCCAGGAAUCAGACGACGAAUAGACAGAUUCCUGGUAACUAGCUUAUGAAGGUUUCUGUUGAUAUAAAUAAAGACACAGUGGACACCUAGUGUAUACAGUAUGUAUCAAAUAACUUGUCUUAUUUCUAACUCCUGUAUGUUCUUACAUUUCUGCAGGAAA